AUGACGGUCUCAUCACUUGCUUUUCGGUUGCUCAUCUUGGCGACAUUUAUCGUACCAAGCAUAGCUCAAGCAAUCAAUCCAGCUGACUGCGCUUCUAGCGUCCACUUGCUUCUUCUACGUGGUGAAGGGACUGGAGAUGACCUCAAUGUCCUGGACACAAUACAGAACUUGGUCCUUGAACAAAUUCCCGGUGCAACCUCGUUGGGUGUACCUUAUCAACAUGGCGAUUCCGACAAGCAAUUCGCAGCUUACAAUGGCAGUGUGCUCUUGCAGCAAUAUAUAGCUGGAUAUGCAACUACUUGCCCCGAUAGCAAGAUAGCUGUAUUAGGGUACUCUUUGGGAGCUGUAGCAACAAUGAAUGCGAUUUGUGGAGUGAGCUCUCUCUUAAUCACGCAUGCCGUCGAGGCUCUCGACUUCAAAUAUGCAAGCAACGUCAUUGCCGUGGUAGCCUAUGGGGAUGAAACAUAUGUUCCUUUACAGUCUUGGAAUGUAGGGAAUUGUACUAUUGGCGCUGGUAUAUACCCACGUCUAGAUCCAGGUGCUUGCGAGCCAUUCGCAAGUUCUUUGAAGAGCUACUGUGACUAUGGCGAUUACCAAUGCUGUUCUAUUUUGCCAGAUGACGCGAAUGCUGCCCACCAUACGUAUUUUACUAAAUAUAACCAAGAUGUCGUUGCGUUUAUCCAGAGUCGUCUUGGGUAA